AUGAGUGUCCUUCUUGAGACCUCUGCUGGUGAUAUUGUUAUUGACCUACUGGUCGAUUAUUCUCCUAAACUUUGUGAGAACUUCUUAAAGCUCUGCAAAAUCAAAUAUUAUAAUUUUUCUCCGAUCUAUGGCGUACAGAAGAAUUUCUCGUGCCAAACUGGCGAUCCGAUAGGACCUGAUUCGAAAGAUAGCGACGGGGGGAGCUCAAUAUGGGGUUUAUUAGAAGGCCCAGCGAAAAAGACAUUCAAAGCAGAUUUUCACCCAAAAUUAAAGCAUGCGGAAAGGGGAACUGUCAGUAUGGCGACCGCGCCGUCAACGAGAGAUCCAGAUGAACGUCUCGCAGGCAGUCAAUUCAUAAUCACUUUGGGAGACGACCUGGAUUAUCUGGAUGGCAAGGCAGCUAUAUUUGGCAAAGUGGUAGAAGGAUUCGAUACGCUCGAGAAAAUCAACGAUUCGUUUUGCGACGAGAAAGGACGGCCUUUGGUAGACAUACGAAUCAAGCACACGGUUAUCUUAGAUGAUCCUUAUGAUGACCCGGCAGGUCUUGUCGAACCACCAGAAAGUCCUGUGCCUUCCAAAGCGCAACUAGCCACGAUUCGUAUUGGCGAAGAUGAUGAUUUGAAUGAAGAAACAGAUGUUGAGGCUGUUGAGAAACGGCGACGAGAGCGGGAAGCACGAGCGCAAGCCUUGACUUUGGAGAUGGUUGGAGAUCUUCCUUUUGCGGAAGUCAAACCACCUGAGAAUGUUCUUUUUGUGUGCAAACUUAAUCCAGUUACUACAGAUGAGGAUCUCGAACUUAUUUUCAGUCGCUUUGGCAAGAUCCUCUCUUGCGAGGUGAUCAGAGAUAAACGGACAGGGGAUAGUUUACAGUAUGCUUUUAUUGAAUAUGAGGACGAAAAGUCAUGCGAACAAGCGUACUUCAAAAUGCAAGGCGUUCUCAUAGACGAUCACAGAAUCCAUGUCGACUUUUCCCAAAGUGUAUCAAAAUUAUCUGAUACCUGGCGAACGGCAACAAAUUCGAAGCGAAGACAGGGAGGCGGCGGCUUUGGUGGUGUUAGUGGACUGGAGAAAAAGAGGCAGUAUAGAAAUGCGGAAUAUAGCUCGGGACCAAGGAGGGACAGAUACGGUAUGGUUAUCGAUGAGGACGAGCUGAGGAAGAGACAUGAAAGGGAAGGAAACCCCGAUGAGAGUAGGAGAGAAAGAAGCAAAAGUCCACGUGAGGAAAAGAGAGAUUAUAGUUCUCGGGACGACCGACGAGAUGGUGGUCGGAACAGGGAAGGUAGAUAUGAUGAUAGGGACCGCAGGGACAGGGGCAGAUAUGACGACCGUGAUAGGUAUAGAAGCGACCGAGGCCCACGGGAUGACUACAGGCGGCGAUAG